AUGGCUAAAUAGUUUUACUUGAUUUUUUCUGAUAAAAAAAUAAAGUUGAAAAGAAAAGAAUAUGUUCUCGGAAGGAGCAAGGCUUAAGCAUCGAUAAUAAUUAAAAAUGAAUCAAUUAGCAGACAACAUGCAAAAUUGAUUGUUGGCAAAUCUAGUAUCACCAUUUAAGAUUUGGGAUCUGCUAAUGGAACAGAAAUUAACAAUAGAGCUAUAAAACCAAAUUAACUAGUUUUGUUGAGGGAAGGAAUGAAGAUAAAAUUAGGUGAAUAUGAAUCUGAACUUGAGAUAUAAUUUGAAACUAUAGAGAGCGAUGUGGAACUUUCAAGAUCAAGAAGUAGAUCAAGUUCAUAAAAGAAAACUUAAUAAAACAAGGUUAAUCAGGAAUAAUAAAAAAAACAAAAAAUUUGGAACAUGGGAGGAUUAAGCAAAGAAAAUCAAGAUAAACUUAAAAAAUUAAUGGGGGCUAAAAAUGAAUCAGAUGAUGAUGAAUAGGAGAAGUAAAAGGAAGAAAUUGAGAAGAGAAAUAAAGAAUUAGAGUUACAAUACAAAAGGGCAAUGCAAAGAUAAAAAUAAAAAGGCAUUGGUUUGUGA